CCUUGCUGCAGAGUGCGACGCGCGGAUUGGGAAAGCUCCAGCUGUCCUCUCACCACUUUUGUCGUUUUAUCCAUUGUGGUUGCCGACUUACUAUUUUCACCAUUUCACUUUUUUUCCUCUUUUCCCUUUCUAAACCACCUCUCCUCCGUACGCCGAAUUAAGUCAAAUGGUGACCACGCCUACGAUCUAGUCGCAUUGUCUCGAGACAGCAUUACCCACAAUGUCUGUCGCAACGGGCGCUAGCUCUACGCCGGUUGACUUGCUUGUCAGCGUGGGCAAGAAUCAGAGCACCAAGACUUUAUUGAGGGUCAUUAUUCUCUCCUUCAUUGCCGCCGCUGCUGUCGCAAGUCGACUCUUCUCGGUCAUUCGUUUCGAGAGUAUCAUCCAUGAAUUCGACCCGUGGUUCAAUUUCCGAGCAACCAAGUACCUCGUUUCCAAUGGAUUCUACGACUUCUGGGAUUGGUUCGACGACCGAACAUGGCAUCCUCUCGGUCGAGUUACCGGUGGUACUCUCUACCCCGGCUUGAUGGUCACCAGCGGUGCCAUCUACCACCUCCUACGAGCUCUGACUGUCCCCGUCGACAUCAGGAACAUUUGUGUGCUCCUGGCCCCGGCAUUCUCUGGCUUAACCGCCUUUGCCUCCUACCUCCUUACCAAUGAGAUGACCACAUCCCCGUCUGCCGGUCUUCUCGCCGCAAUUUUCAUGGGCAUUGCCCCGGGUUACAUAUCAAGAUCCGUAGCCGGUUCUUACGAUAACGAGGCUAUCGCCAUCUUCCUCUUGGUCUUUACCUUUUACCUUUGGAUCAAAGCUUUAAAGCUGGGUUCCGUGCUCUGGGGUGCUCUCUGCGCCCUUUUCUAUGGUUACAUGGUAGCCUCGUGGGGUGGAUAUGCCUUCAUCACUUGUCUACUCCCUCUACAUGCUUUCGUACUCAUUUGCAUGGGCAGAUUCAGCAUGCGCCUCUACACCUCAUACACUACAUGGUACGCCCUUGGUACUUUGGCUAGCAUGCAAAUCCCCUUCGUCGGAUUCCUGCCAGUCCGUACUAGUGAGCACAUGCCCGCCCUCGGUAUCUUCGGAUUCCUCCAACUUGUGGCGUUCCUCGAGUACGUCCGAUCAGCCGUCCCCAGCCGCCAAUUCCAAACUUUCCUCUACGUUGGUUUGGGUGGUGUGUUUGGUGUUGCGUUACUCACCUUGGUUGGUCUGACUUCCUUCGGAUACAUUGCUCCUUGGUCCGGCCGAUUCUACUCACUCUGGGACACUGGUUAUGCCAAGAUCCACAUUCCCAUCAUCGCGUCCGUGUCCGAACACCAACCGACCGCUUGGCCAGCCUUCUUCUUCGAUCUCAAUAUGUUGAUUUGGCUCUUCCCGGCUGGUGUCUACCUCUGCUUCCAGAAAUUAGAGGAUGAGCAUGUGUUCAUCAUCGUAUACGCUCUAUUCGGAAGCUACUUCGCUGGUGUCAUGGUACGAUUGAUGCUCACCCUUACGCCGGUGGUGUGUGUCGCUGCGGCCAUUGCUGCCUCCCAGCUUCUUGACACAUAUCUUGUCGCCAAAUCUCCGGAGCCCACUGCCCAAGAGGAAGAAGGCUCAGAUGCCAAGACAAAACGUGGUGUUCUGCGAUCCGCUUCACAGCCCGUCGUAGGCAUCUACAACCUACUAUCAAAGAGUUUUGUGGCCGGAUCCAUGACUUUGUACCUGCUCGUCUUCGUACAACACUGCACCUGGGUCACAUCAAACGCUUACUCAUCUCCCUCCGUUGUCUUGGCAAGCCGAAUGCCGGAUGGUAGCCAGCACAUCAUCGAUGAUUACCGUGAGGCCUACCAAUGGCUUCGACAGAACACCAAGGAGGACGCCAAGAUUAUGUCCUGGUGGGAUUACGGAUACCAGAUUGGUGGUAUGGCUGACCGGCCUACCCUUGUCGACAACAACACCUGGAACAACACUCACAUCGCCACCGUCGGUAAGGCCAUGAGCUCUCGAGAGGAAGUGAGCUACCCGAUCAUGCGUCAACACGAGGUUGAUUAUGUUCUCGUCGUAUUCGGUGGUCUUCUCGGCUACUCUGGCGAUGAUAUUAACAAGUUCCUCUGGAUGGUGAGAAUCGCCGAAGGUAUCUGGCCCGACGAAGUUAAAGAGCGUGAUUUCUUUACGGCCCGCGGCGAAUAUAGAGUUGACGACCAGGCCUCAGAAACCAUGAAAAACAGCUUGAUGUACAAGAUGUCUUAUUACAACUACGGUUCCCUCUUUCCUCCCGGACAGGCUCAGGACCGUGUCCGAGGUGCUCGUCUCCCCGAGCAAGGACCUGUUCUCAACACGCUAGAGGAGGCGUACACAAGUGAGAACUGGAUCAUCCGAAUCUACAAGGUCAAGGAUCUCGACAACGUAGGUCGAGACCACGCGGCCGCUGCCUCAUUCGAGCGAGGCCACAAGAAGAAGAAGGCGACCAAGAAGCGUGGCCCCAGAGUCCUUAGAGUGGACUAAUGGAUCUAGUUCUUGUGUACAGACAUGAAUGAUAUCACGUGGAAGGGAAGAUAAACAAUGAACUAGGGGUAUAUAAGCAGCCUACCCGUCAAUUUCAUUCAAUAUGACGAUUGGGCCAGGGAA